AUGAAACAAGGUAAUCUCCGAGGGCAGCAAUCACCGAAGCGGCGCCAAACCCAAACCCGGGCCCUGGCUCGAGCAUAUGUGGAGAAAGCGAAGCUGCGUAAGACAAAUCUCACAGAUUUGCCAGUGCAUGGCAUCGUUUCGGAAGGUAGCCAGAAUCCUCUCUGCAAAGAAAGUAUCAUAACGAAGAGCCCGCGGGCACAGCCGCUGCAGAGCAGUGACUACAUUGAAGAGAGAUCCUGCUUCGAUAGAGAUGGCGGAGCGAUUUACGGCAGCGAUGAAGGUCGUUCUCUUAGUCUUUUGCAGCGGGGUGCUUACUGUCGUGACAGACACAACAAUGUUUCCGAGGAGGAAGAAGAGGACACAGAUGUGAGCCUCCAAAACUUGAGCCACACAGCGACGGGCAAGACGAUUAUAGCCGAUGAAAUCCAGAACUACCCCGGCAGCAACGACGUCGACCUGAAUGGCUUCUUCGCUGAGGAUAUACCUACUCUCACAGACCAUCUAAAUCAGGAAAAGCAGAACCGUCUUGAAAAUCAUUUACAGAAUGCUCCGACUCGCAAGAGAGGGCGACCUCGGAAAUACCCAAUUGGCGAAGCUCAGCAACCAAGAACCCCUCUCAACGUAAACAGCCAUGCGCAGAGAGAUAAAGUCCAACCUCUGGCGAAGCGCAAGCGCGGACGUCCCUUCAAGCAUCAGAUUCUCCCCCAAGAUUUUACGUCUCUCAACGGCCCCUCACGACAAAUGCGCGACAUCUUCAUUUCCAGGAGACAACCCGUGACCCAGGCUGAGAAAGACGACGCGCUCACUGCGGCCCACUCGUUCGCUUCCGGAAUCGAAGCCACGAACAUCGUGAUCGUCAUGCGACAAUCUUUCGUCUAUCGCAAUUUUGUCAUGGGAAUGCCGAAGAAAUUUGGACAGUGUUACAUGCCAGCGGGGAACAAGGAAACAAGAAUAUGUGAUACGGAGUGGAAGGUGUGGUUUUGCUCCUGGAACGCGGCUUGUGGCUACCUCUCCGGCCGGGGCUGGCGCAACUUCGCUCUGGAUCAUUGUCUGGAGGAGGACGACACGGUCGUAUUCGAGGUUAUCGCCGAGAGCAAGACCAUGGUCACACUUAUGGCGCACAUCUUCCGCGUUGUGGCCAUUCCCGAUGGGGUGACGGGAUGGCAAUCCCAUAUCUGUCCACCGGAUUGCUUCGUAGAGACACACUCCGGGCUCUUGAUCCAGCCAAUCCCUCGCAUGAAGUUGACGACACAACAAGAGCGAGACUUGAAACUGGAAGGCUCCGCGAUGACGGACUCGCUCAGGAGCUAGCCUUGGAUUAAAUUAGCUGGUUGGUAACCAGUUCCUCCUUGACAGUGUGCAACCAGAUUUGGCACGAAACUUUAAAAACCUGUACAUACAGCUUCAUUUUCAAGACGAACUUCAUUGAUCA